AUGCCUGAACCCAUUCAUUCUAUCAAUACUCGUAGUCGUGUAGGCUUCAUACUGGCCAAACUGUAUCCCAUGGCCUAUACAACUAGAGCGCUUUCCGCAGUUUUUAUUAGCAUGGUCGUCUGCGUUUUGGCGCACUCUCCUGUCAAGCAUAAUAUCAGUCUUGGGUCCACUCUUACAGCUGAUUCCGAAAAUUUCAAAUGGGUUUCACCGAAUGGGGAAUUCGCCUUUGGAUUCUACGAUGUCUCUCCUCUUUACUUGGUAGGCAUCUGGUUUGACAACAUAUCCAACAACACUCUUGCGUGGACAGCGAAGACGGACAACAUAGAGCUUCGAGUCGAGUCGGGGUCUACCCUGCAGCUUUCGGUGGCGGGGCUUCAGGUGUUGGAUUCCCAAAGAAGGCUAAAAUGGGCUGCAAGCCCCGCUGAAAAUGAAAACGAAAGCGUAUCAGCGGCUGCAAUCCUCAAUAGUGGCAACUUUGUGUUGCUCAAUCAGUCGGCAGCGCCCAUUUGGCAGAGCUUCGACGAGCCCACUGACACCCUGCUGCCAGGUCAGAGGCUGAGCCAGAAUUCUAUCAUGUAUUCCAAAGUUUCAGUUACGAACUUCUCCUCAGGCCGAUUCGGGCUCACCAUUGACACGUACGGGAAUCUGGUGCUUUAUCUAGUGGAGCGGUUGGAGAUUGAAGGCACUUACUGGAAAUUAAAUGAUACACCAACCCAAUUACCCACUUAUUAUUCUGGUUAUUAUUCUGUGUCCAAUACGUUGCAGUUUGAUCAUAGUGGACUGUUGUAUUUGGUAAAUAACAGCAACAUGAAAGCAGCAACUGCUGGUAAUGCCGGAUCGGGUCAGUUUCUUCGCAGACUGACGCUUGAUACAGACGGAGUUUUAAGGGAGUAUGUGUGGAAUGAGAACGGCACUGGCCCAGCUUCUUGGUCAUAUGUAUGGCAAGCUGUGGACGAUCCGUGUAAAGUCAAGGGCCUGUGCGGGCUUAAUAGCGUUUGUCAGGUGACUGAUUUGAAAAAGCCCAAUUGUUUAUGCCCGCCAGGAUUCGAUUUCACGGAUACAGAGGACUCCUCAAGGGGAUGCAUGUCGAAUUCUUCCCAAGACUACAGCUGCAGUGCAAGGAGCGAGAUGGUAGAGAUUCGGGAGACCACCUGGGCCAAGGAUAAUGAUUAUUCAAAUUUACUGGAUGUUUCUGAAAGUGAAUGCAUGCAGGCAUGCAGUGACGAUUGCAUGUGUGUCGUAGUUACUUACGAGAGUAGUAUGUGCUACAAGAAGCGUAUGCCUUUAAUAGACGGCAGGCAGGGCUACGGCAUUAGCAGUAAAGCUUUUGUCAAAGUCACCGACCUUUCUAUUGCGCCCUACUCUCCCCCUUCCGAUCUUCUUCCUCGCGCUCACCUUCCAAACGCAACCAAGGAAGAGAUGCAGUGGAAGGGAAAGGGCAAGGGCAAGGGGAAAGUUGUUCUAAUGGUUGGAAUAAGCCUGGUGGGUUGUUCUUCAAUCCUUGCUUCAGCAACGUCCCUGCUAACAUGGUUCUUCCGUACUCGUAGCUCUCUUCAUAACACCAGUAGGGUACAAAAUAAAGCCGGGAAGAACCGGAACUUAAAAGCUUUUAGGUACAAAGAGAUCCAGGCUGCUACAGGAGGUUUCAGACAGGAACUAGGAAGGGGUUCCUUUGGUAAAGUUUACAAAGGCGAAUUGCCCAACGGAAGGGCGAUUGCCGUGAAGACACUUGAUAAGUUGGUGCAGGAAGGCCAAGGAGAAAAGGAGUUCAGAACAGAAGUAAGUGUUAUCUGUACAAGCCAUCACAGAAAUCUUGUUCAAUUGUAUGGUUUCUGCGACGAGGGUGCGCACAAGUUUCUGGUGUAUGAAUACAUGAGCAAUGGAUCUUUGGAUGGUGUUUUGUUUGUUGAUAGUGGGUUUCUUAGUUGGGAGUUACGCGUGGGAAUCGCCAUUGGGACAGCCAGAGGCAUCCUGUACCUUCAUCAAGAAUGCGCAACGCAAAUCAUUCAUUGUGAUAUAAAGCCGCAGAACAUUCUGCUCGACGAAAAAUACAAUCCUAAGAUUUCUGACUUUGGCUUAGCCAAAUUGAUGAAGGCAGAGCACACUCGAACUUUUACGGCCGGGGCUCGUGGUACAAAGGGUUAUAUGGCACCCGAAUGGCACAGGAAUGUCGCCGUUACCGUGAAGGUUGAUGUUUACAGUUUUGGAGUGAUGCUCCUUGAGAUUAUCUGUUGCAAGAAAACCGUCCAUUUAGAUGAAGAAGAAAAUGAAAGCCUUCUGUGCGACUGGGUUUAUGAGUGCUUCAGACACGGCAGACUUGUACAAUUGGUAGAGCAGCAGCAGUUAGAGGGUGAUACAAUUGAGCCAAGGCAGCUGGAAAGAAUGGUGUUGACGGCGCUGUGGUGCAUUCAAGACAAUCCUGUUCUGAGGCCGUCAAUUAAAAAGGUUGUGCAGAUGUUGGAAGGAACAGUUGAGAUCGCAGUACCCCCAGCUCCUUAAUUUUUCCAUCACUUGCCUCCCAUGCUAAUAAAUUAAAGUGCUUUCAUUAUCAUGUUGUAAUACUCUCAAAUCCAACAAGUCCAAACCCCUUCUCCAGCUCGUGUUACUUUGUCAUCAAACCCGUUCUCCUGCUUGUGAUACUAUGUCAUAGUUUUGUUUCUUUGCAAUAUGCUUCUUCGCUUAAAGUAAAUUCACAAUUCCAC